GGCCCGGGCCACCCAGGCCUCCACGCUGCCCGCUGUCUGGGGUCCCCGCUGUGUUCUCCUGCGCGCUCCCAUGGCCGGAAAGUUGCUGUCACUGUUGCCACCCCUGCUGCUGGCUGCGGUGGGUCUCGCCGGCCUCCUGCUGCUGUGCGUUCCUACUCAAGACGUCCGGGAGCCGCCUGCUCUCAAGUACGGCAUUGUCCUGGAUGCUGGCUCUUCACACACAUCCAUGUUUGUCUACAAAUGGCCAGCAGACAAAGAGAAUGACACAGGCAUCGUGGGUCAGCACAGCUCCUGUGAUGUUCAAGGUGGGGGCAUCUCCAGCUAUGCAAAUGACCCUUCCAGGGCGGGCCAGAGUCUGGUUGAAUGUCUUGAACAGGCACUUCGGGAUGUGCCCAAAGACAGACAUGCCGGCACACCGCUCUACCUGGGAGCUACAGCAGGCAUGCGUCUACUCAACCUGACCAGCCCAGAGGCCACAGCCAGGGUGCUUGAGGCGGUGACACAGACGCUCACACGGUACCCCUUUGACUUCCGCGGUGCUCGAAUCCUCUCGGGACAGGAUGAAGGGGUGUUUGGCUGGGUGACUGCCAACUACCUGCUGGAGAACUUCAUCAAGUACGGCUGGGUGGGCCGGUGGAUCAGGCCAAGGAAGGGAACACUGGGGGCCAUGGACCUUGGGGGUGCCUCAACACAGAUCACCUUUGAGACGACCAGCCCACCUGAGGAUCCAGAGAGUGAGGUCCAUCUGCGGCUCUAUGGUCAGCACUACCGUGUCUACACCCACAGCUUCCUUUGCUACGGCCGAGACCAGGUUCUCCAGAGGCUGCUGGCCAGUGCCCUCAAGAUCCAUCACUUCCACCCCUGCUGGCCGAAGGGCUACACCAUCCAAGUGCUGCUCCGGGAUGUCUACCGGUCACCAUGCACCAUGGACCUGCGGCCUCACGUUUUCAACAGCAGUGCCCUUAUCAGCCUUUCGGGGACCAGCAGCCCCGCCCUCUGCCGUGACCUAGUCUCUGGGCUCUUCAACUUCUCCUCCUGCCCCUUUUCCCAGUGCUCCUUCAAUGGGGUCUUCCAGCCACCUGUGACGGGGAACUUCAUAGCCUUUUCUGCAUUCUACUACACCGUGGACUUCCUCAGGACGGUGCUGGGGCUGCCUGUGGGCACCCUGCAGCAGCUGGAGGCAGCCGCGGAGACCGUCUGUAACCAGACCUGGGCUGAGCUUCAGGCCCGAGUGCCAAGGCAGCAGGCCCGCCUGGCUGACUACUGCGCCGGAGCCAUGUUCAUACAACAGCUACUAAGCCGCGGCUAUGGCUUCGACGAGCGCUCCUUCAGCGGCGUGGUCUUCCAAAAGAAGGCCGCAGACACGGCUGUCGGCUGGGCGCUGGGCUACAUGCUGAAUUUGACCAACCUGAUUCCCGCUGACCUUCCGAGACUACGUAAAGGAACUCACUUCAAUUCCUGGGUCGCUCUCCUCCUGCUCUUCGCAGUCCUGCUCUUGGCGGCGCUGGUCCUGCUUCUGCGCCAGGUGCGCUCGGCCAAGUCUCCAGGCGCCCUCUAGGGGUGCACUGGGAGCUGCUCCCAACUCCCAGGGCAUCCCUGACACUGAGUUCAGCCUGAGGAUCGACAUUCACGGGAAGCCUUGGUAGGCCCCUGAAGUUUUCUCCAGCCGGGAGUUCUCAAGUAUUUCCUCCCCCUUCUCUUCCUGGGGUGUCAAGUCUCUCAGUCUGUGACUCAGGGUGAGGUCCGCUCAGAGAGGGACAUUUGUUCUGAUCUUCAGGGCCCUGGGAAUUUCCUGUGCGUACUCUGGGCCUUUAGAUAGGCAA